AUGUCGAGCGAAGCAGAUCACGAGAAAAGGGUCGUUGAGAGCGAACCUAUCUCUCAUCCGAAAGCUGAACACACCGCCAUCGUGACUGGCGAAGUCGACGAUACAACGAUCUUCUACAAUCUCAACAAAGACAAAGUUGGGAAUCUAGCACCUGAGGCUGAAAAGAGACUUGUUCGAAAGAACUUUUGGUUUCUCCUGGGACAGACGUGGUGGAUCGCCUUCCUCAUCCAUCUGGAUAAGUCGACUCUGUCGCAAGCCAGUACGAUGGGCAUAUUCAAGGAUGUCGAGAUGACCAAAAAGCAGUACAAUGAUCUCUUUGUGGUGUUCUAUACUGGCUACCUCGUCGCUCUCUGGCCUGGUGCUUGGUUAUCACAGCGCACGGGUCAAAAGCAAUUCAUCGUCGGCUCCCUGCUACUCUGGGCCUUCUUGCUCGGCAUGCACCCGCUUGCAAAGACGGGGAAACAGCUUAUGGCGCUCAGAUUCAUCCUAGGCAUGACCGAGUCUCAGAUUGUUCCGAGUACCACAAUCCUUCACCAGGCAUUCUUCCCUCCCAAAAAGAGCCCAUGGGUUCAACUCCUAUGGUGGGCUUCGGGAAGCUUGGCCAACGUCUUGCUUACCAUGGUCGCCUAUAAGCUUAUUCUCCUGGAUGACAGUCACGCUCUUGUUGGUGGGCUGUCGUCAUGGAAAUGGUUGCAUAUCAUCUGCGUCAUUCUUACAUUCAUCGUCUGCGUGCCUCUCGCAUUCUUCUUGCCCAACUCUCCAGUGGAAGCAAAGUGGCUUUCGACAGAAGAGAAGAUACAUACCAUCUCAGCGAUCCGCGAAGCCCAUUCCGGCAUCAAGAACUCUUCCUGGAAGUGGUCGCAUGUUCGUGAGGCUUUCACGGAUCUCAAGAGUUGGCUGUUCAUUUUCCACAUGUUCUUCAACGAACUCCCAAACAACACAUCGCAGCAACUGCCGCUGAUCAUCGUCGGUUUUGGUUUCACAGCCGCUGAAAGCGCUUUGUUCAACAUUGCCAAGCCUCUCAUUGGCUCACUUCUUAUUCUUGUUUCCGCUGCCAUGCUGUAUGGAACUCGACUGGGCACCGGCUACACGUGUGCGAUCUCUUACAUACCAUGCUUCGUUGGUGGUAUCAUUGAGUUAGCAUCGCCCUGGUCCAACAAAAUUGCCCUCGUCGUUGGCACACAGAUUUCUACUUUCAAGCCUUCUUAUCUUCUCGGCCUAUCUUGGGCUGGGACAGCAACAACCGGCUACACCAAGAAGCUCACAGUGAUGUCCACAUGUGUUGUUGCCGCAGCAGUCGCAAACAUGAUCUCUCCUGAAUUCUGGCAACCCAAGUACAAGCCGCAAUACCGACUUCCCUGGGCCUUCAUGACCGCCUUCUGGUUCAUUUCUCCGGCAAUGUGCCUCGUCAUCCGAUGGUAUUUGGUCCGCGAGAAUCGUCGGCGUCAGCUGAUCUUAGAGAACGACGGAAGCCGAGAAGAGCAUGAAGUUCUGGACACGGGCGACGAAGUCAUCCAAGUUCACAAUGAAGAUCUUGAUCUGACGGAUCGUCAGAACCUCAAGUUUAUCUACCCCUUGUAG